CUAGAGCCCCCGCCACCUCUGUCCCCACCCCUACCCCCACCCCCUGCGAGCCAGUCCUGAGUGUCCCGGAAGAAGCAUUGUUCCUGCACCAGGCCUCCUGAAUCUCCUUUUUGGCAGCCCUGUCCCACCAGGGCGGGGAGGGCUUUGAGCCUCGAGUCCAGCUCCCUCCACCCGACCCUGUGUCCCCCCCCCACCCCUUCUCAGCCCCUCCUCUCCUGGUCCUUUCCUGCCCCUCCUGGCCUCUGGGUUCUCUCUGGGGCUCUCCUCAGCCACACGGCUGCCCCCACCUGUCUCCUCUGCACUCCCAAGAUGUGCUAAGCAGGGAUGGGCACUAGGGCAGGAAACCAGGCAGGGCUCUGCUCUCUGGGCCCCGCGGAUUGUGGUGGGACAGAAAGCGGGACCCCACAGGCAAGGGCAGCACUGCACCUGCCAGGGUCGGAUCACAGGUGGCUUCUCAGAGGAGGGGGCCAUUAAGGCCAGGCUUUGAAUGACUGGGAGAUCGUUUGGGUAGAGGAGGGCAGGCCAAGUCAGGUGGAAGGAAGAUCAGGCGGGCUCAGAGUGGCCCGGGAUCCAGCAUAGACCCGUGAAGCGCCUACUGCCUGCUCACCUGGCCCUGGUGACAUGGUCCCCUUCUGUUGGUUGGCGGGGCUUGCUGCUGGGCAUACCCACCACCUGCCCUCUCCAGGCUCACUGAGCCCCACUCCCUGGGGGCCUAGGGCAGCCCAAGCUCCAAUGCAGAGCUCCAUCUUCACCUUGGCCAGCACCAAAUCCUCCAGAUCACCCUCCCAGGAGUCACCUACCCCGGAGGCCUCUUGCCCGGAGGGCUCCCAGCUCUGCAUCUGGGUUGAGACUCGAUGCUCACACACAUGCAUAUACACGUAUGCGCGUACACACGUGGUACUGGAAACACACAGUGCGGGCCAUGGACUUGAGGAAGACAGGCCCCGGCUCUCCCACCCAGUGCUGGCCCCUCCCCAGGACCACCUGAGGGAGGCAAGAGGGGGAGGGGAGGAGAGAGCCUCCAGUCACCCUGGGACCUGCGCCUCCUCCCUCUCCUCCUGCUCCAGCAGCUCCUCCUGGACCCCUGGGUGAGUUGGCCCGGUCCUGGGAAGGGGGCACAGCACUGGGGUCCAGCCUGAGUUGGGGCUGGGAAGCCCUCUUUCUGGCUCAUCCCCACUGGCCUCUGAGUCCAGAGCCCUCACAGUCAGCCCUCGCCCCCCUUCUGGGGUUUCCUUCCCUUGGAUGGUAGAGAGCAGCAGCCAGGACCUGAAGCAGGUCUCUCCUGGGGCAAGGGACACCCCAUGCCUCUGAGAGAGGAGACCCAUGGCCAGAAGGCCCGCUAUCCCUGGGACCCCAGAAACCCGACAUCUCUGCCUCCUGUCCAUCUCAGGGACUCUGUGGUCCUGAGCCAGAUCCUGGGGGACAGAACACCCCCGCAGCCCAGCGAGCCCUGUACCGUGUGUCUAACACAGACUGGUCGCACAGCCUGGCCACCACCUGCCAGAGACCCCUGACUCUGGGAAUGGCAGGGAAACUGGGAAGCCAGGCACGGCCAAGUGCUGGCAAGAUGCCUUCGUUUGGGGUUGUAGCUCUGAACUCUGACUUGACCACGGAAGAGGCCCCGUCCAGUAAUUCAGCACACCUCUCUCCUGGUUCCUGUGUGUCUCACAAAAGUGAAGGGAAUGGCAGGGUCACUAGAGCUCUAGAGCCUGGUUUGGGACCCAGUACACACACACACACACACACACACACACACACACACACACACAGCCCUCCAGGGAAGCAUGGGAACACUGUGUGCCCCCCUCCCUCCUGGUCGCUGCUCCUGCCUGGCCUUCCUCCCCUCCGAAGCCAGAGCCAGGGCCCUUCCAGGCAGCCCCUGACAGCACACGGGGCCUCUCCCCUUCCUGCCCACCCCAGCCGCCUUCUCGGCACACUCGCCCACCACUGCUCCCGGUUCUCGUCCGCCCCUUGCCUUCCCAGCUGCCCUUGGAGGCACAGGACGUUCUGGCUGGUUCGCAGGUGAAAGAAAGGGGGUCAGGAGGGUUCGUGAGCAGACUGGUCACACAGGAGGUCAGGUGGGGCCAGGGCCCACUCAAUCUGUCAGACUCCACACUAGACACUCCCCAGUUGCUCUUGCAACAUCCGGGGCGCAGUCGCGGGACCAGGCCCUGGGGAAGGGCCGCCCGGCUGCUGUCCGCGCCCGCACCUGCCAUGUGAGGCUGUUGGCUUGGCAGCAACCACAGUCUCUCCCUUUGCAAGCAGGGCCUCCCUUUGUUUCCUCAGUCACAAGGCCCCAUCACACCUGCCCUCAAAACCGCCCUGGGUCCCUAGUCUCAUCCUCCCCCAGGAGUGCGGUCUAGAGGGGCAAAGGAGUCACCUCAAGGCCACACGUGCAGCCAGCAGCAAAGCCAAGACCGAAACCAGGACCCAAACCAGGACCUCCUGAGCGCCGGUCCCCGCUCCUCCCCGCACUCAUCCCACCAGGAGGCUGGGGGGCGACUCCACACCCGACAGCGGGCGCCGUCCACACACCCAGCCUGCAGCACACUCACAAUCUGUCCUCAGCCACCUGCCCGGCCAGCGGCUCGUCUCCGUCUACCGCCGCCCCCUCCUUCCCUCCCCCCUGCACGCUGGCCCCAGCCACACCCUCCACCUUCUACCCAGCCACUUCCUCAAACAUCGCCCCCCCGCCCCCCGCCCCCACCCACUCACCCGUCCACCCCCCAUUAGGCCGUCCGGGGACAGAGAAACGAGAGGGUCUGGAACACCAGGAAGAUACCUGGAUGAGGGGCGCCUGGCCUGGACCUUCCAGCACGGGGAAGAGUUGAGGCCAGGACGGGAGGCCCGGGAGGGCGCCCACCAAGAGGCAGAGAACAAAGGUGCGGGCGCGGGGAAGCCUCGGUGAGAGGUGGGCCGUGAACAGCCGGAGAAGGCCGUUAGGUCAGGAGGCAGGGGUUGGGCAGAGCCCUGUUGUCUGGGGCCUAAAAUCGGGAAGCUCAGGCUUGAUCAUUUGUAGGGAAGGGGCUGGCAGUGACUGUGGGGUCUGCCUGGAGCCCACACCCGUCAGCCCGAGAGGAGCCUGGGGGGCCCAUCCCAGCCCCUGUGACACCAUCCCCACCCCACCAGGCGCCCACCCUCCUCUGCACCUGGCCCGAUUCCCCGCCCCUGGGCCUGUGCUCUGGGGGGCUCCUGUCUCAGGAGGAGGACAUCUGGGUGUGAAGGAGCCAGGCCCCCGUUUGGUGCCUGGGCAGCGUCCUCGUGGGCCGGCACCAGACAGGCUCCAGCCAUGGGGGUCCCCCGCCUUGAGGGCCUGGGCGUGACGCUGCCCGCCUGCCCACCGUCCCGCCCGCUCCCUCCCACUGCUACCCCGUGCCGCCCGGCUGACUCACAUGCCUCUUUCGCCACCACCCUGGCAGGCCCUGCAGGGCGGGCAGGGUAUAAGUGUCCACGGAGGCGGCCCUGGUGCUGCCUGUCCUGGCUUCCAAGCGUGGCAGAUGGCCUGGUGCAGGGCUGCCCUCCCACUGCUGCUUAUUGCAGCGUCCAGCGCGCGUGGCGGUGAGGCCUUCAAAUGCUUCACAUGCGAGCAGCCCACAACCAUUUCGCUGUGUAAGAACGUCACUCGCUGCAAGCCGGAGGCCACGGCCUGCCAGACGGUGCUGGUGCAGGUGGAGUCGGAGUAUCCCUUCAACCAGAGCCCCAAGGUGACCCGUUCCUGCGCCAACUCCUGCAUAGCCACCGACCCCGACAGCAUAGGAAUCGCCCACCCCGUCUACUGCUGCUUCUAUGACUUGUGCAACUCCAUGCAGGGCACCAGGCUGGGGGCCAGCCGCCGGGGGCCCCGGUCCUCGGCCGCCUCCUUCCCUGAAGGGCCCAGCGCCACCGGAGAUCGUCUCUACCCACGUGCUUCCUUGAGCUCCCCGAGCCUCAGGUGAAUCGCGGACCCCAAGGGCUACGAGUUUUGCCAGGGGCCCUCUGUCGCCCACCCUUGCAGAGGAUAAAUAAAGACGAGGCAGAGGCCACUUCUCCUUCCUGGGCGCCGACAGCGCACGGAGUCAGCUUUCAGGAGAGACGGGCUGAGUCAGGCACAUUCCGGGCCCCGGGCCUUCCUUCUCACCCAGGGCCAUUUGGACU